AUGAAAGUAAAAAUAUUUUUAGGAGAAUAUACAUAUGUAUAUCGUGGAAGUAUAGAUUUAAGAGAAAUUAAUGAAUUUGUUAAAACAUUGACAAAUAGAGCAUUCAUAAUAAAAUGGAAGGAUCAGGAAGAUGAUUUAAUUACUAUAUCUAUGAAAUAGGAUUUAGUAUAUUUCUAUUAAUAAUGGACUCAAAAUUAAUCUACAAAUAAAUAAUCAUUCAAACUAUUUGUUCAUGAGAUGCCUUUAAUAAUUCAGAAUCCUUAAACUACAUAAUUGUAAUCAUAAUCACAAAUAUAAUCUAAAUUAUAUAGUCCUUGUUAAAGAUAAUCAAAUAGUAAGUAAAACUAAGGAAUAAGUUAAUUUACUUUUGGUUUAUAACUAAAUGAAUAAGCAAAGAGUCAGGAAUUUCAAAAAGAACGACAUUCACAAUAGAUAAAUUUAUAAUAAAUAGUUGAAAUAUAGGGUUCUUCUAAAAAUAUUAGCAAUCAAAAUUUAGAUAAAAUACAAUAAUAGUAUUAUAUGAAUGAAGAUGGAAAAAGAUAGAGAAUUUUAUACGAUUUUAAUAAUAUUAAUUCAUAAGAUUUAUUGUUUUUUAUGAAUAUGGAUAUGAAAUAAAGUAUAAAUAAAAAAGAAUUUACUGAAAUUUAAAUCGCAAGUGAUGAUGAUGAUGAUGAUGAUGAGAUGAUUGAUAAUAAUAAGGAUAAUGAUAUGUAGAUAAUUGAUUGUAAAAAUAUCUAUUGUGAUUAUUGUUCUGAUAAAAUAUAAUGCAAUGAUGAGUUAACUAUAAUAUAUACAUGUUAAUUUUGUGAAGAUUUUCAUGCUUGUAAAUAAUGUUUUGAUCAAUAUUAAGAAUAAGUUCAUUUACAUCAAUUAAAAGAAAAUAUUCUUCAAUGA